UAGCAUCACUAAGCCGGGCUCCCUGUGAAAGCAAUAAAAACCUUUACGGACGUGCAUUGAGUGUGAGGGUGCGGUGUUAGAGCAUUCUCAUUGGAUGAUUAAUGAACUAGAUCGCUGAGAUUGGUUUAAAGGUUGUCGUCAAUUCAGUACCGUGACCUCAGCAUCACCGCACCACAGGGAUAUCACGCACCACAGGGAUGCUUGAGCUGUGUUCCAUCAGAUGGUAUGACAACUUUUCUAAGCAUUCGUCCAGUAUAGUUUCCAUAAUUCAUUUUAUUCUUUUGCGCAGUUCAACUAAACAAUAUAACAAUGUAUUUACUGCCUAUGUAUGGCACUAGCGUAAGGAGGGAGGCACGUUUCAUCCGAAAGUUUGCUUUAGGCAUGAAAUCGGUAAUUAAUCCAUACGGAUUUCAUGUGAAUUUGGCUUGUAAAUGGUGCAUUGCCCCCCUUCCCCCACCGCACCCUGAAUUCCAGUCCUCGCUACGCCCCUGGUGUAUGGCAAUGUAUGGCUAUGUAUAGCUAUGUAUGCCCAUGUAUGCCUAUGGGUAGCUAUGUAUGCCUAUAUAUACCUUAUGUAUGCCCAUGUAUAACUAUGUACAUCUAUGUACGGCUAUAUAAUAUGAUAACUAUGUAUGCUCAUGUAUUACUUACUAUACAUUGCUAUGUAGUAUGUAUGGCUAGAGACGUCCAUGUAAAUGUAAUGAUAAUCAAGCAUCGCUAUUGGCGUCUCAUAAGGCUACAGACGGCAGUGAAUGGCUAGCGCAAUACAAGACGAGCGUCCACACGGGCGACUAUAUGGUAUUCAGCCGACUCUUCAGCCAUGAAGUACCUUCCCGGGACCCAGUCUUUCUGGUCCACGUGUUAUGUUACUGAUGAUCACUGCGCAUGAAUAAAGUAAGAUUCAGCCAAUCAGCGUUAGCCGCGUGCAGACGGUGCCGGUAAAUGGACGAAAAUUCUUCACUAUUCUUUACACUAUUUUACCAACUGUGGACAGGGUUUUGACACUAAAAUAUAUCUACUCCUCAAAAUAGAGCAUCUUCAUAUAUUAGAUGAUUAGCACCAUGCCUUCUUGGAGGGCACCUACACUGAUGUCCUGUCUUACGACCCUAGUUAUACUAUUACAUGUUAUUAAUUUAUCAGAUGGCUUAGCUGUAAUGUCUGUAGAUCUUGGUAGUCAGUUUAUGAAAAUAGCUAUAGUCAAGCCUGGUGUUCCUAUGGAAAUAGCACUUAACAAAGAGUCCAGAAGGAAAACUCCAGUGGCUGUCUCCUUUAGGAAUGGCGAGCGUUUAUUUAGCGAUGGGGCUUUAGGAGUUUCUGUAAGUCAUCCACCCAUGUCUUAUAUUUACCUUCAAGAUGUAUUAGGCAAAAAAUUUGAUAACCCACAAGUGCAAUUGUAUAAAAAGAGGUUUCCAUGGUAUAAUAUGGAAGAAGACAAGGAAACAGGAACAGUUAUUUUCAACCAUAAAAGUGGUAAGAAGUUUUCGCCAGAAGAGUUGAUGGGAAUGAUUUUAAAUCAUUCUAGAGUGAUUGCUGAGGAGUUUGCAGAUCACCCAAUAAAAGACCUUAUCAUCACUGUACCUCCAUUCUUUAAUCAAGCCGAACGAAGAGCCUUAUUAAG